AUGAUCCCCAAAGUAGACAAGGAUGACGUGAUUAUUGAAGAAGCCCGAGGUCUUCAGGGCGUUUGCUGGGGAGAAGAAUAUGAACGGAUGAUCAGCGGCAUGUUAUAUUCUCCCCUUGCACCAGAGCUCAUAGAGGGUCGGUCUCGAGCCAGACAACUGACAGGAGAGUUUAAUGCAUCUCUCUACGGCGAUGUCGCUUCGGAAAAGACCAGCCUGCAGAGAACAGAAAUCCUGAAGAAGCUCUUCGGUCGCACGGGACAAAGUAUUUACAUUGAGCCUCCUCUCUUCGUCGACUAUGGAUGUAAUAUCAGUGUUGGCGAGAGCUUCUACGCCAACUUCCACCUCACCGUUCUCGAUUGUGGGUUGGUGUCGAUUGGGAACAACGUAGAAAUUGGCCCAAAUGUCAGCAUCAUUACAGGGGAGCACUACACCAUGAUUGAAGAGCGAAGAGCGCAUCGAGGCCAUGAGUUUACAGGGGGUGUUGUCAUUGGAGAUGACUGCUGGAUUGGCGCUGGUGUCAUAAUCCUUGCUGGUGUGACUAUUGGCUCGGGCUGUACUAUUGGCGCCGGCUCGGUAGUGAAGGCAGACAUUCCACCUUGUAGUAUUGCCAUUGGUGUUCCUGCUAGGGUGAUCCGGUCAGCGAAACAAGAGUCAACUGUUGGUUAG